AUGUCCUCCAUCAAGGUGCAGUGUGUUGUGAAGGAGAAGAACAUGAUUGGAGAGAGCCCGGUUUGGGAGUAGAAGGAAGGCACCCUUCUGUAUGUUGACGUCUCGGGGCAGAAGGUGUGCCGAUGGAAUCCAGACACCAAUCACAUACAGAGCAUUCAGACUGACGCCUAUGUUGGCACGGUGGUCCCUCGCAGGUCUGGGGGGUAUGUCGUUGGUGUUGGGACCAGGUUUGCUGCUGUGGAUUGGGAGAGACAAACCAUCACCACCAUUGCCCACGUGGACAAGGACAAAUCCAACAACAGGUUCAAUGAUGGGAAGGUGGACCCGGCUGGCCGUUUUUUUGCAGGGACCAUGGGUAUGGAGGUGCGCCCAGCUGAGCUGGAGAGAGGCCAGGGCUCGCUGUAUACCCUGAACACAGACCACUCUGUCAGGAAGCACUUCGACCAGGUGGACAUCUCCAAUGGGCUGGACUGGUCCCUGGACCACAACACCUUCUACUACAUAGACAGCUUGUCUUUCAGUGUGGAUGCCUUUGACUACGACCUGCAGACAGGGAGUCUCUCUAACCGCAGAGCCCUGUACAAACUGGAGAAGGAUGAAGGGAUCCCUGAUGGGAUGUGCAUUGAUAGUGAGGGGAGACUCUGGGUUGCCUGCUACAAUGGAGGAAGAGUCCUUCGUAUAGACCCAGCCACGGGCAAGCGAAUUGAAACGGUGAAGUUGCCUGUUGAUAAGACCACCUCACUGUGCUUCGGAGGGAAGGAUUACUCGGAGCUGUACGUCACCUCAGCCUGCGAGGGUAUGGAUGAUGCGUGGAUGGCCAGGCAGCCUGAAGCAGGAGGCAUUUUCAAGGUGUCAGGACUGGGUGUUAAAGGAACUCCUCCAUACUCAUUUGCUGGUUAAACGCAGCUGGUUUUAGUUUUGUAUUGACACCUGGCGUGCUUUACAUUGUGUAAUUUAGAGUACACUGCAACUAAACUAUAGGGUUGUAAAAAAAAAAAAACUACUGUAAUUGUUUCAUUUUAUAUUGAACUCAAAUGAAUAAAAA